AUGGUGCAGUCUAUAUCCGACACGACGGGGGGAAGCAGUAUGAAGCAGCAUGGGGGAGACGAGAAGACGCCGGCGCCGGCGAUGAUCGCCGUGAGAGCGGAGUCGCACGUAAUAUCGAAGAUGAGGCCCAAGAUACGGAUUGUGCACAUAGUCGCGCCGGAGAUCAUACAGACGGACGCGGAGAACUUCCGGGACCUCGUUCAGAAGCUCACGGGGAAGCACGCCGAGAGGGGAGGCGGCAGGAAGAAGGCGGCGAGGGCGGCUUCGCCGGAGAACGGCAGCCCAGUGGAGGGGUCCCUCAACGAGUACCUCUCACCGGAGUUGGGGAAGCGGGUGAAGCUGGAGGCGGCGGAGGCGGCGGAGCUCGAGAUGAGGGUGGAAAACUCCGGCGCGCUGUUCGCUGAUCUCGACGCCUUCAUGCAGGAGCUAUGUGAGAUGCCGUCGAUCCCUCUGGGUUCUUUCCACGGGGAUCCGUUCUCUGAGGAGGCCGUCUGCGUCUGA